AUGGUCCUCGAAGACAACCCCUACUGCAUUUGGCGGGACAUUGGCUUCAUGCCGUUCAAUGGAGUGAGCAAUCCACCAUUCGUUGACUACAUCCUUGACCAGAUCACAACUGCGGACCAUGAGGGCGAAGCUAUGGAAGCCUUUGCUUACGUCGAUCUACUGCGCGGACUUCAAAGUUCUAUCCCACAUGUUCACGACGAUGAAGUUUGCGAUAUGCUGAGCCUAUUCCAUAGACGUUAUGCUGAGGCCUUUGGAACCCCUUACCGACGCCACUCUGCUUCCCAUGGACACCCAGGUGGUGGGUGCAGUGAUUCUGGAAGAGUCUUGGACAUUGGCGCUCGUACAAGCCCGAAUAUCUCGAACCAUUUCCGUCUGCUCAUCGGCACUGAGAUGCUUGAACUUAGUCUCGCACAUCGACUCGUAGUCAAGGUAGUUGAGGAUUGCGUCGUUCGAGGGCUCUCCGAGGGCCUGUCCAAGGAUUCUCAGUUUGCUCUUUGGAAGCCUGAGCAAGCAUCUGAUGGCCCUGCGUCCACCGACAUCGAGUCCCAGGCCGACAAGAGCCAUUGA